AUGGGGUCCACUAAGGAAAUCAAGAUUGUUAAUUUCAUCAUGCCACAUAUUUUCUACAUUUCGGAAAAAAAUGAUAAGUUCAGGACAAAUUUCUUGGAUACUAUGUCUGUUAAUAUCAAGAAUAGUCGACUCGUUUCAAUUCCAGAGAAUGAUGCCGAUGAUAUGUCUGAUAAGAUUGUGGCAGUUUAUUAUGAAUCCACUCUCGUAAGAGCCACUGUCUUGGGCACAGAAAGAAAUGAGACGGACCAUUCCAAUUCUUAUCAUUGUUGGUUAAUUGAUUGUGGGAUAGUAAUCGAGACUAAACAAUUAUUUAAAUUACGGCCAGAUCUCCAAAAAAUCACUCCCAUAUGCAAACAGGCUAGCUUGGAUAAUUUUUGUUAUCUUGACACUCAUUUAGAACUAGGAGUACUUGGCAAGAUAGUAUCCAAACCGACAGUGGUACCACCUCAGAAUGUUACACGAAUGGUGUUGGAGCUUCUAUCAAACCAUGAAAAAAUUCUUUUUGAAGAGAAGGGUCAACAUGGAGAUAUUGUAACUGGUGAAGUGAUUAUUCACAAAAAUGGUGAAGUGUUGUAUUUGGAACAGGAGCUGAUUAAAAAAGGAAUUAUUUCAAAAAACGACAAGAAAUUAUUUUCUAAUCUACUUGUUGGCUCUCAAAAAUAUUUAAAAACCCAUUUGACAUUACUAUACCAAUGUUCGUCUGUGUAUAAGAGGACGGUUAAGGCGAGUGCGUCGUCGAGUGCUUCACCUAGUGCUUAUGUAACUUUAGAGAAUGUUAUAGAAGAUCCAGAUAUCACCGACUCCUUUCGCACAGAAAACGGAAGACGCCAUAGACUAUUAAAACAAAAAUCGCCAUCAGUUACCUCUGACUCGGAUACAAAUACUCCAAAUCCGAAAUCAAAUACAAUGAAGCCAUCUUGUCACCAUAUUGAUGAAAGCCGUCAAACGGCAUUAGAUAAACCUAAGCCUCUGAGUAAUUCUCAAAGUAUUGUUCAAAAACUCAAAGAAAUAAAAGCUGCAGCUAAAAGAUAUGGAGAAGGCAACUCUUCUACUUUCGAUUCCAUUAGUGUGAGCAGCUCCCAAUCAGGAACAAAUAAUUCCGUGGAGGAACAACCUGCGGUUUCGAUUACAGGUGACACUUCUAGCUGCGAUUCGGUUAGUGUGAGCAGCUCUGAAUUAGAAGGAAAGAAUUCUCUAGAACAGCCUUCUAGGGUUGAUGUCGUUGAUGAUACUAUGGAACUUGGGACUCAGCUCAAAAAAGAAAAACUACCUAGUUUGGUUAACAGAAGCACAGAAUCAGGCAAUGAACACAUGGGUGAACAAUCUUGUAGCUUGAUUAACAGCAGUAUUGAUUCAGAUUCCGCCGUCUCACCAUUUUCCUCAAUAACGUCCAAGAAGUUAAACAGACCAAAAUUGCCAUUAUUUGCCGCUGAAAGAACUAUUUCUCUACCGAAAAAGGAUGCCUGCAAGCGCAAAACUAUUCGGAAAGUGGGGAAAAGUACACCAAACAAGAUCCCUGAAGUUGUAACUACUAGAGAUGGAGACUGUCCUACAAUAAAGAUUCCCGAAGCUCCUGACAGCUUGACCGAUGAUGAAACCAAAGGCAAACCUAAAGAAACGGAAGAGACGUCUUCUUCAGAUUCAGUAAAACAGGAAAUUUUCACCAAGCAAGACUUUUGUAAACUAGUAGGCUCAUGCCCUUGCAGCGCGUGCCGAGUUGCUUUCGAGGAGGACGAUUGGGAGACUCCAAUUAAAUUUGAACUUCCAGAGGAGGAGGUCAAGAAACCUUCAAAAUCAAAAGAACUCAUUAUUAAGCCACCAACAUUGCUGAAGUCAGAAUCUGCGACUAAAGGUCAGGAUGUUUCUCAAAAUAAAAUUUUAUCCAUAAAUUAUGCUGGCAUGACUUCAAUAGAGAAAAAGCGCUCCAGCAAAGUGCUUGUUCAUGGCGAAUCUAUACCGGUACCGAUUCGACAAGUUUCAAAAAUUAACAUCCAUGCGGAUAUUUACAAUAGCGUCUCUAAACUGAACUAUCAACAAUCAAAAAGAAUCCAACAUUAUGCAUUUCCUGCGAUUACUCGUAAUCAGCAUGUGAUCAUGGUAAAUGACGCCAAAUCUGGCAAGACAAUGGCUUACCUUCCAAUCUUGUUGUCAUUUAUAAUGGAACAAAAAGAUAGGUAUAGCAAACUAUUAAAGCUAAGAGGGGGGCCAUUUGUGGUUAUAUUAUGUAGCACCUCCAAAAGAUGUGAGGAAAUCCACGACCUAAUGAAAUUGAUUCUUCAUAAACAAAAUACAAAAUGUACCUUGGUUACUUAUCCUGGAUACGGCAACAUGAGUAAUGUUGAAAUUCUCAUAACAAUGCCUGCAGUAUUGUUACAUUUGAUCAUGAUAAAAGCAACAAACUUCAAGCGACUUUGUCAUUUCGUAUUUGAAGAUGCCGACAUAAUCCUUAAAUCUCAUAAUGAGUUGAUUAAAAAAUUUCUUAAUUUGGCCGAUCAAGUUUUGAUGCACAGAAACUGUCCAAAAUCUAUACAAUUGAUUAUGUGUGCGCAGCAUUGGACUGUCCAUAUGGAAGACAUACUGUUAAAACUGAAUCAAGUUCCUACAGUGUGUAUAGGAAAUUAUUUAGAGGCAGCCUUAUAUGGAAAAAUCAAAUUUUCCAUGAAAUUUCUAGAUUCCAAUAAUAAGGAAUCUAGCUUACAAAAGGUUCUUUAUGAUAAAUAUAAAUUCACUAAAUCAGUUGUUAUCUGUAAUAAGGACGAAGUUGAAGAUAUUCAAACUUUUUUCAAUUUGAAAGGAAUAGACUAUAUGUCUUUUAGUCAACUUGAUGAUGAACUGAAUAUUUUGUAUGUAGAGAAUACUUGGAAUAGUAUUCCAGCUGGCAAUUAUUCAGUUUUAGUAUGUACCGAUGAAAUCUAUAAUACAGUUAACAUUACAAGUGCCCAUUUACUGAUACAUUACUCUUUGCCAUUCUCCUGGACGCAGUUCAUCAAAAGAUUCAGUUGCCUUUUGGAAAAUGUUCAAUCACCAUUGAACAAUAAUCAGAAUAAGCAUGAAUUGAGCACAUACAUAUUUGUUGAUGAAAAUUGUGAGCCAAGAAUGUCAAAAUUCAGUAAUCUUGUGAAAAUCUCUGGAAUAGAAAAAGAUUUGCCAGAACAAAUCAAAACAUUCUUUAAGGGUGUGUCACAACAGGAACAACAAGCACGUGUUUCCCGAAAACUUGAGUUAUGCAGUAUUCUAAAAAUAUUUGGCAAAUGUGACUCGCUAUUUUGUAAAAAACGUCAUGUUUUACAUAAAGAAUUGGACGAUAAUUCUGAUAUUUUACAUAAAAAUGGAACUAUCAGAUUCAAAAUCAUUACAAUGACAAGUGCCGGAAGUUGUGCCAUAAAACUACUGCAGCAUUUUGACCUAAAAGGCCGAAGGGUGUGCAAAUACGAAGAUCGUACUGAUGAAAUCAAUGAUAUUAUUGCGAACAUGCAAUACUAUCAUCCCAUUAGUAAAUGGCAUUUAUCACAUAUUUACUUGACCAGAGACGAAAACGACUAUUUCCGCUGCAGACUGCUGGAAGUUGAAGAUCAUGCCUUAGUAUUUCUUAUCGAUAAAGGUGUUUACAGCCACACCAACAUCAGUAAAUUAUUUAAAAUGCCAGAAGAGUUGAGGAAAAUUCCACCGCAAGCCUACGAAAUACAUUUUGCCAACCUAAUCCCACCCUUCGACGACAAGACGUUUUCGAGAUCUGCCAGACAAAAAGCACAGUUAUUAAUCGACAGUACAUGUCCAAACUCCAUAAUGACAGGAACAAUAAUGCUGCAACUUGGCAACAAUUUUUGGGUCGACGAUGUAUACGAAUAUGUAGAAAUGCAUGAUCCAAGUUUUCCGUCAAUAGGAUUUCAACUUACUAGAGAAUUGGUAAAUGGAGGGAUGGCCAUUAAAGAUAAGAAACAGCUACAAUGCUUAUAUGAUCUUUGCAUGGACGCUAAAAUUGAACUGCCAGAAUAUAAAUUGGCAAAACCAUCUGUUGGAAAAGUUGUCUCUGCGCAAGUACAGCCGGACUGGGCUUUUUUGGAUUUGAAUGAGGUACAAGAUGUUAUAUUUACAAGUGCAGUAAAUCCUCAUGAAUUUUAUGUAAGACAUAACAAAUUUACCUCACAACUGCAAGAACUUGAAGAAUCCAUUAAAGAGGCAAUCUGCAAGCCCUUGUAUCCUAAACCAUCAAAAAUCGAAAUUGGCAAAUGUUACCUGGUAAAAGACGAAGUCAGCGGGGACUACAACCGAGGGUUACUCCUAAGCUUGGAAGAACAAGAGGUUGAAGUUCUUUGUGUUGAUUAUGGCGAAAGCGUUUAUGUUGACGUUUCAACGUUGAAACACAUUUCCAAUGACCAUAUUUCAAAACUUCCGUUCCAGAGUAUUUUAUGUUCACUUUGGGGUAUUAAGCCUAUUUAUGAUGAGUGGAGCGUUCAGGCGACAGAUUCUUUGUAUACUAUCGCUUAUGAGCCAGAUCAAACCACUCUAAGAAAACUUGCCCUAAAAGUAAAUUCCAAGCAAGAAAAUCCUUUUGUUCAAAAACAAAAAUCUUAUAAGGUGACAUUGGCUACAGUAAACGGUGAUGGUGCACCAAAACUUGUAAACGAUUUAUUAAUCAACUGCGGAUUGGCUAUACCCAAUGAUGAAGAAGAAAUUAAAAUAUUUGAAUUGCCUGAAAAAGUUGAUGUUGAUGAUGAUGAUGAUGAUGAUGAUGAUGAUGAUGAUGAUGAAAAUAUAGAGAAAAUUAUACGUGAGGAUGAUAAUAUUAAGGAACUUAUAGAACGUGAACAAAUCGACUUUGAAGCCUUUGAUUUCGAAGUAAUAGAUUUUGACGGCUUUCUGGACACCAUCGAUUUUGCAAUUAAACCAAAUAAAAACAAAGCAAUUGAGGAUAAAAACUCAUCUAACACGAACUUGACACCAAUGAAAACAGCACCUGUCGUGGAUUAUCUCACUCCUGAAGUUUGUUGGUCCGAGACUGAUACCCACGUUAAAUUGAUUAUAAAAUUAUACGAUGUUGUUGAUGCUAAAUUUGCAAUAAAACACAACAGGCAAUUCCAUUUUAUCACCCACAAAAAUGACCAAAAAUACUCUCUAAACCUAUUGUUGUUUGCCAAAGUCGAACGCACAAUUCAACACACAAUCUCAGGCUCACAAAUACGUGUUUUGCUGAAAAAACAGAUUGCAUCCUCAUGGCCUAGGCUGCUUUAUACGAAAGAAAAAGUUAGGAAAAUUUGCUAUGAUAUUUCAGCUUUGAAUUUGAAUGAUGAUGAAGAGAAGAAGCGAGUGCCAUUGCAGUUGAAUUUAAGCGAUUCUAGUUCAGAAGAAGACGAUAAAGUUAUUGACACACCCUAUUUUGAUGUUGGCUCAGAUAUGGAUGAUUCUGAUUAUGACUUUGACAUACCAGCGGAAGAGGAUUGGGAAAGAUGA